UUGUUUUUCCUUUACUUAGUUGUUUCAGACAAGGUAGAAUAAUUUUUUUGUAAGUAGCCAGUAAUUAUACAUUGAUUUUUCUUUUUUUAAGGAAGGUUACUGUUUAGGAAAGAAUCUUUUGGUAUCUUUUUGCAACUAUUCAUAAAAAAACAUUUAUUAAUGUGUUGACUAUUAUCUGAAGAAAUACCUCUCACUCACUACCAAAUCAAACUCUCAAAUAAAUACUCUCUGUGAUAUGUACAGAUAAAAAAGGAAAGUAUAAGAAUCUGUGAAUACCCUAUUAUUCUACUGUGUCGAAUAAUAAUCCCUUUAGCCUAGGGUAGAUGGUGGAUGCACAGGUAAGACCUAAACACAGAUAAUUAAAGAUGCAAUUUCUUCCCCCAAACUGGAACUGGUAGGAUGACCCAGCUUAACACUGGUGGCCACCACUUCAGAGCCACUGAGGACGAGGUUGUGAUAUAAUUUGGAUGCUCUCUAUAUAACAUUGAACCAACGGUAGUAGAUGAAAAAAAAAACUCAGACACAAAAAGUUUACAAUUAACGCAUGGUCUUUCUCUUUUCCGUAAUCAUUUGGCUCAUUAACAUAUGUUCAACCAACUUCCCCACCAACAAUUUUAGUUCACUAUGUCCAGUAAGGCUUUACGCUGAAAAACCUUGGAACUGGUAUUGCCCUGUCAUUCUUACUGGGGUCACAACCAUGGGACUUCACAGUAACACACACACACACAUACACAAACACACACACACCCCUUCCUUACUGAAUCCAUCCAGGCAUCAAGAACAGAAAAGAAGUAAAAGGCGAAGACCAAGACGCAUUUAUGCAGGUUACUGUCUAAAGGCAGUUUAAUAUUUAUGAAAUGUCACACACAGACACACACACACACUCACACUCUUUAGGAUCCAGUUACAAGCGCUGCGUCAUCCGCCAGAUCACAUGGUAAUUGUUGCUAUUUCAAGGAUCAAGUGGCAUAAAGCUCCCCCCCACCCCACCCCCUUCCCUUGGUACCAUAUAGCGUGGAAGAGUGAGUUUUGUGUGAUGGAGUGGGACCAGGCUCUCUGAUCCAACCGUCUGCUAGCAACUCGGCUGUCGGUGGGGUGGCGCGCGCGUAUUCUCACGGAGCGACUGGGAAAGGGGGACGGGGGAGGGGGUCUCAGGGGAGGAAGGGCAGCUCUAAUUGGUUUCUCAAUGAAAGAUAAUCACCUACUCCCCGGAGAGGCUGGAGAUUAGCACUCUGCCUCUCCUCUCCAUCGCUUUUAGACUUCUCAUCCUCCCCUCGGUGCUUUUAGUCCAUUCAGCAGAAGCGGAUCGAAGCAGGCGGCUCCCCGCGCCGCAUUAAGGGCGCACUCCGCGGCGCUCGAGUACUUAGCGCCCAUUCACUCGCUCACCCGCGCCCGCCGCUCCCGGCUGCCGUCCCAGCCGCCGCCGCCGCCGCCGCCGCCGCCCGAGAAAAAGUUUCGCGGAGGGGCUCUGAGAAAAUGAGCGAGUUGGAGGAAGACUUUGCCAAGAUUCUCAUGCUCAAGGAGGAGAGGAUCAAAGAGCUGGAGAAGCGACUGUCGGAGAAGGAGGAGGAAAUCCAGGAGCUGAAGAGGAAACUCCACAAAUGCCAGUCGGUGCUGCCCGUGCCCUCGACCCACAUCGGCCCCCGGACCACCCGGGCGCAAGGCAUCUCGGCCGAGCCGCAGACGUACAGGUCCUUCCACGACCUCCGACAGGCGUUCCGGAAGUUCACCAAGUCCGAAAGGUCCAAGGAUCUUAUCAAGGAAGCUAUCCUUGAUAAUGACUUUAUGAAGAACUUGGAGCUGUCGCAGAUCCAGGAGAUUGUGGAUUGUAUGUAUCCAGUGGAGUAUGGCAAAGACAGUUGCAUCAUCAAAGAAGGAGAUGUGGGGUCACUGGUGUAUGUCAUGGAAGAUGGUAAGGUUGAAGUUACAAAAGAAGGUGUGAAGUUGUGUACCAUGGGCCCAGGAAAAGUGUUUGGGGAGUUGGCUAUUCUUUACAACUGUACCCGGACAGCGACCGUCAAGACUCUUGUAAAUGUGAAACUCUGGGCCAUUGAUCGACAAUGUUUUCAAACAAUAAUGAUGAGGACAGGACUCAUCAAGCAUACCGAGUAUAUGGAAUUUUUAAAAAGCGUUCCAACGUUCCAGAGCCUUCCUGAAGAGAUCCUUAGCAAGCUCGCUGAUGUCCUUGAAGAGACCCACUAUGAAAAUGGAGAAUAUAUUAUCAGGCAAGGUGCAAGAGGGGACACCUUCUUUAUCAUCAGCAAAGGAACGGUAAAUGUCACUCGUGAAGACUCACCAAAUGAGGACCCAGUCUUUCUUAGAACUUUAGGAAAAGGAGACUGGUUUGGAGAGAAAGCCUUGCAGGGGGAAGAUGUGAGAACAGCAAACGUAAUUGCUGCAGAAGCUGUAACCUGCCUUGUGAUUGACAGAGAUUCUUUCAAGCAUUUGAUUGGAGGGCUGGAUGAUGUUUCUAACAAAGCAUAUGAAGAUGCAGAAGCUAAAGCAAAAUAUGAAGCUGAAGCUGCUUUCUUCGCCAACCUGAAGCUGUCUGAUUUCAACAUCAUUGACACCCUUGGAGUUGGAGGUUUCGGACGAGUAGAACUGGUCCAGUUGAAAAGUGAAGAAUCUAAAACGUUUGCAAUGAAGAUUCUCAAGAAACGUCACAUUGUGGACACAAGACAGCAGGAGCACAUCCGCUCAGAGAAGCAGAUCAUGCAGGGAGCUCAUUCCGACUUCAUAGUGAGACUGUACAGAACAUUCAAGGACAGCAAAUAUUUGUAUAUGUUGAUGGAAGCUUGUCUAGGUGGAGAGCUCUGGACCAUUCUCAGGGAUAGAGGUUCGUUUGAAGACUCUACAACCAGAUUUUACACAGCAUGUGUGGUAGAAGCUUUUGCCUAUCUGCAUUCCAAAGGAAUCAUUUACAGGGACCUCAAGCCAGAAAAUCUCAUCCUAGAUCACCGAGGUUAUGCCAAACUGGUUGAUUUUGGCUUUGCAAAGAAAAUAGGAUUUGGAAAGAAAACAUGGACUUUUUGUGGGACUCCAGAGUAUGUAGCCCCAGAGAUCAUCCUGAACAAAGGCCAUGACAUUUCAGCCGACUACUGGUCACUGGGAAUCCUAAUGUAUGAACUUCUGACUGGCAGCCCACCUUUCUCAGGCCCAGAUCCUAUGAAAACAUAUAACAUCAUAUUGAGAGGAAUUGACAUGAUAGAAUUUCCAAAGAAGAUCGCCAAAAAUGCUGCUAAUUUAAUUAAAAAACUAUGCAGGGACAAUCCAUCAGAAAGAUUGGGGAAUUUGAAAAAUGGAGUAAAAGACAUUCAAAAGCACAAAUGGUUUGAGGGCUUUAAUUGGGAAGGCUUAAGGAAAGGUACCUUGACACCUCCUAUAAUACCAAGUGUUGCAUCACCCACAGACACAAGCAAUUUUGACAGUUUCCCUGAGGACAACGAUGAACCACCACCUGAUGACAACUCAGGAUGGGACAUAGACUUCUAAUGUAUUUCUCUUACCUGCUUCUGCCUUGCUGAAGACAGCUUUUUCUGAGACACAGCUGCCAGCAAACCUGAAGGAAAGAGAGAAGAUUAGUGCUCGGGGUCACCAUGAUGCCUUUGAUCGAUGCUGCUCCAGUAACUACAGUGGCAUUAGGACUUAUUGCUUAGAUGACAAUAGUGCUCUUUACAUGUUUUCUGUUUGAACCUAAAGUAGCAGUUGACAUGGUGGUCCUGAAGCAAAGCCUUUCACCAGUAAGAGAUGUUUUCUAUUGUUGCAAUGACCUUGCUUUGCUCUGAUUAUAAUUUGAAAGACUGUAGGAAACACUUCAAUCUAGUAUAAGAGUCUGUACCUUGCUAGAAUAUUCAAGAAGAUGAAAGAAUAAUAUAUUGGGUACGAUAGAUUGCUGUGGUACAGAAACUAGGCUAUUCCCUUUCUUCAAGUGAAGGCUGUGAGAUCUAUUACUGCAGGCCGGUGUAUAUACCAUACAAAAGAGGACCACACAUCCGUUGGUCACAGAGCUCAUGUCACACCAGUGCUAGAAGUUUCAUGAUUUUAUUUCCCAGCAGUGCUGAUGACAAGACUGAAUGUUACCUUUUCUUUCUGACAAAAUUUAAAAAUUGAUAUGAUAAAAGCACAACGGCUAUAGAUUCUGCUAAGACCUCUCAUAGUAGGUAUAUAUGCGUUUUCACAGAGGACUGAAAAAUAAUGCAUGAUAUUUGUUUUUUUUUUUUUUUGAUAAAUUGGCAUGACAGAGUGGAAAAAAAAGCAAUUCACAAAACCAUUUCAUAUUUUUAAAAAUACUGUGCUUAAAGAUGGUCCUGGAAGUAAAUGACUAGCAGCCAAUUGGUUUUACCUAACAUACCCUCAAACUGAGGCUUAAAGUAUUCCCUUUUAUAAAAAUAAACCCUCGGGGCGGGAUGGAGUAGGAAGGGAUUAAAACCCAUCCAAAAAAUAAAUAAAAACUAUAUAGGUGCUAUGUAUAUCUUUCAUCUGUAAAUGUCAGUGUCUGAACAGACAACACAAAUUCAAAUCAUUAUAUGUGUAGCCAGAAACUCAAGCAUUUUCACUGAAGUUAUUAAACCAAACUCCUGUCCAGUUUCACUUAUACAACAUUGUCAGUCUGGAGUUGGGAGACAAAGGUGAUUACAAACCUAUUUGAACUAGCUUUUUGUCUUAGGCCUGAACCAAAAACAAACAAAAACAAAAAUAAAACAAGAACAAAAAACAAAAAUAAAAGAAGUAGGAAAGACAAAAAAAGAAAGCCCAAAGUCAAAGCUAUUAAGAUUUACAGGUUUACCAAGCCAGGAAUAUUACUUAUUUGAGGUCAGAGAACAAAACAAAAACCUGGCCAGGUGGUGAUUACCUUUUUGUGAACAGGUUGAGUCCAUCCACUUCUCCAAGUAAGAAAGCAGUACAGAGGAAAACAAGAACCUGAUUUAAAAAAAAAAUAAAUUUUAAGUAGAACAGAAUUACUACAGUUCUGUGAUAUCACACUACCUAGAACAAACUAGAUUUGAAAAUGUCAAACUAAUUUACUUUAUUCACUUGGAGAAAAGAAUCUGCAAAUUAAACUGAGUCCUUUGCUAGCAGACCAGUUGAUUAUUAUUAGCUGUAAUAAGUAACUCAGCCAUUUGGAAGCUUUUCUUGGACAAAACUGUGUUAUACCUAUGGAAAAAAAUACAAAACCUUUCAAGCUGUCAUUCUGUUUUGGCACAGCGUGUGAGUUUGGUAUAUUAAAUUGAGGCUUGUUCUUUUCUCAGUAGAGUUUUCUUUUUAAUCAAUCAAAUGUCAACAUUUCUGCAAGAAUAAGUCCAAUUAGAUGAUACCUUAACUAAGAGGGCAUAUAUUAUGAAUUUUGUUCGAAUUUUUCAAACCCAAAACUACCUUAGAAUAUGAUAUCUUAUGAAAAUAUAAUAUUCUUAAAAAUUUGGAGAAUAAAAUGAAAAGGGAAUAAACUUCAAUUAAAACUUUAAUCCUAAAAUGUUAUUGUUAUUCUUGUGUUUCUGGAGUUUUCCCUCCCUUUUAAUUUCUCCAAAUUGGUCUAUUUCCCAAGAUAUCCACUGUUUUCUAUGUAUUUUAGAAUAUGAAAUUAAAUAUAACCUAAAAUCCAGCUAUGAAUGUUAUUUCAGCUUUAUAUUUUUUAAUUGGCCUUUUAGACAUAUAUAAUUUCAACAUUAUAGUCAAUGUUCAGUAAUUUUUGUUGAAAGACAGUGUGGUUUAGGCAUGCUAAAGACUUGCUAGGAUAUUGAAUUUCCUUGUUAUUUGGAGAGACUCUGCUUCUGCAACUUUUCAAAAAUCCCCAAAGUCCCAAAGAUUAGCACUUAUUGUGGAUUUUGGAACUAUGGUUCAAGUCUAAGACAACCAAUAUGAAUAAGUUCAGUGGAGAAGGAAGAAGUAGCAUUCAGCACGAUGUAACUCCCACUUGUUACUGCAUCUUUGUUCAUUUCACCCAUAGCAUUGCAUUAGGUGUCUGAAGCAAUCACCACAAAAUAAAGGUAAACUACAUUUUCCAAGAUGUACCAAGAGAAAACAUUAAUCUAAUUUUCAACAUUGAAUUUUUAGGAUAUAAAUCUUGUCUUAAUGAAGACUCUAGGGCUAAAAUUCACGGUCAGUUCCAUAAAGUGCAUCUCCCUUUAUUUCUGAAUUUUUCAUAACCCCUCUAUUUUCUUACACUAAAGAACAUAUGGAUAAGUUAGAAUAGUGCCAACUUGUUUGAUUUGUUAAAUGAUUUUCUUGUUAAUGUGUUGAGUAUGGGAAAUAAGGGCUUUCUGUGUGUCUUUGACUCACAGGAAAACUGAAAUUGUCAAGGGAAGCAACAUGAAAAUAACUGAGAUAGAUUGAAUACAUUUGAAAAAAUAAUUUCUGAAAUAAUGCUAUACAUGAUUUUUAUGUUUGUAUCUUCUUUCUUACUAAGAUAUGAAUCAGAUCCAUAUGGCAUUCAAAACAAAUUUAUUUUGAUUAUAUUCUUUACAAGUCAUAAUUUUUACCUAAAAUUGUGGAAUAUGCAUGUGAAUUACACAUGUGUAAUAAUAUAUCAACUUAGCUAUUGAAUUUUUCCUGUUUGAUUUUUAAAUGACUGAACUGAUGGUAAACAAAUUUAAUGAAGUCAGCCACCAUAUUGAAAACAAGGAUAUUAGAACUGAUUUCACACAAUAGAAGUGAUCUGUGCAUUAUCCAUAACAUUUUCUUUCACAAUAGGACCACAGACAAAUAUUUAUGUAAAUAGAUAUUUUUGUGUGAUAUUUUGUGGUACAUAUAACUUUUUUUAGUGUUUCACAGCAUUAUUAUUUCAUUUUAUUUGUACUGAAUAAUGUUUUUAGGUCCAAGUAGACUUGAAUUAAUGUCACAAUUGUCAGUAUUAUUGAAAAUUAUGUCAACUGUACUGUUAUUCAUCUGUCCAUAGUUUAGAACAUGACCUGGCUAUCUGGCAUUGUUGCAAGUGCCUUAAAUUCAUGGCAUCCUAUUAAAAAAAUAAAUUUGGUGUUAUGCUGCAUGACAAAGACAAACACACCUCAAAAUGUUGUCCUUUCUUAGCUUGCUGCGUUUUACAGUUCUUUCUGCUAACAAUUUAUAAGCCUUUAUUAUAUAAUAUUGAUGAAUUACAGAAAUGAUGAAGUUGUUCUCUUAUUUCUGUUAAAUGUACCAGAGCCGUGUAUCUGUUAAUGAGAUACAGCGUCAUUUCUGUGAAAUGUAUAAAUGUAUGUGCAGGUCAAAUUAAUAUAUGACAUACUAUCAGUCUGUAUACAGGUAUUCCUGUUUUGCUAAGUUGUGCAGAUUCUGUAAAAAUAAAUUAGUGCAGUCAAGUUCUAACAUAUCUCAUUUUAUAGACUCCAUUGACAUGGUCCGAUCCAAAAGAAAAAUUGGAAAUGACUGCUAACCACACCUCGUUAUGAAACCAAUGAUGAAAAAGACACUUGGUGCACCUCUCAACAAAACAGGAUGCUUUCUCUGAGUUCUUGUAUAUGCAAAUCAUUUACGAGGCAAGUUUUCAACAGACCUAGAAAGCAAAACAUUGAAAGUGUGUUGUUAGCCCUCCUCUCUGCCCCUGCAUCAACAGACAGAGCUCUGGGACCUUGGCAAUGACUCAGAGGUUGGGGCUUUCUGAGUAAAGGGACAUUUCUUUAAGCAUCAUCUAUCAAAUUUAUUUCAAUGUAUGAUGUUUUUACAACUGGUCAGUUCUUUUGUAUUCUUACGGCUAUGGUUAUUUGAUUGUCCUCUUACAAUUUGUUCUACAUGAAAGAGUUCUUUGUUAGUCAGAAUGCAACAAACUGUCAUCAAAUGGUCAUUGACCACUUGCACUCUUUUGAUGUAGAUUAAAAACUUUUUCAUAAACCUAUCCUGCUUUUAUUUGCUCUGUAUUUUUCCUGCAGCUGUAAUUGCUGAGUGCCUGUUGUAUACUUUAUAGAGUUGAAAUAAAAAAAUAAUUACUUUUGAA